AUGAAGCUGAAGCAGCUGGAGGGCCUCCUGGGGGGCCUGACCCAGUUCUCCGACCCCAAGGUGGAGCUGGAGCAGUACGCGACGGGCCCCCACAUCGCGUCGAGGAUGCUCUACACGGCUGAGAACAGCUUCGAUAACAUAGCUGGUAAAGUGGUGGCUGAUUUUGGGUGCGGCUGUGGUACCCUGGCUGUCGCGAGUGCUCUGCUGGAUGCCGAGCAUGUCGCUGGUAUUGAUAUUGACCUCCAGUCCCUUGAACUUGCUCAAGAAAAUGCUACUGAUCUGGAGCUGGAUAUCGACUUAAUUCAGUGUGACAUAAAGAACUUAAAUUUAAAAGGGCUUCUUGUCGACACUGUUGUCAUGAAUCCUCCCUUUGGGACAAAGCGAAAAGGAGCUGACAUGGAAUUCCUUUCUAUGGGCUUGAAGGUUGCAUCUCAAGCUGUCUAUUCUCUGCACAAGACUUCUACGAGAGAAUACAUCAAGAAGGCAGCCCUGCGAAAUUGCAACGCAAUCAGUGCUGAAGUUCUGUGUGAGCUGCGCUAUGAUCUACCUCGGACCUACAGGUUCCACAAGCAAAAGGAGCUCGAUAUCGCAGUCGAUCUGUGGCGCUUUGUCCCACAAGCUCGAGACGAAAGGGAAAGCUAG